UUCGCACAGUGCGCGGGGCGAACCAGCGACCAGCAAAGCAAAACGGUCCGGACCUUUUGCGGGAGCCACUUAAACUCUUUUUUCCCGCCGUGACGCGCUUUAGUCGAGCUCGGAGCGCAUAGCGAAGCGGUACGCAAGUACGCGGUUACUUGCGGCACAGUUUGUGGUUUUUGGUGCGUUCGAAGCAUUUGGUAUGAUUGUGUACCUUCCGUUUUCGUGAUACCGCGGUUUUGUGCUACCGGAAUCGAACCAACGUUACACGCUCGAUUGAUUAUUUUGCCAUCUUAUUGGGGCUUAUAUUGGUGUGAGAGAGGGAUAGAGAUAGCGAAGAAGUAAGCGCGGCAGCGUGAAAUAGAUGGAGCGUAAUUUGAGUGAUGAAGCUCACGUGUGAAAACGAUCGCGAAUAAUUGAAUGUUUGCCCGUGGAGACGUGUGAUGGUAUGCCGACGGUGACACAAUUUGACUUGAACAACGAUUUUAAUAAAUCUAAUGCGACAGUGCACUCCGCUAGUGUUGAUGGGAUGAGUGAGAAUUUCUGGAGGUAGUAUCAGUUUCACAAGGUGACCCAGUUAAGCAAAGACCUACGACAAAGUCGCCGUUGUGAGUGAGGUCGGUGAUAUCGUAAUUUCCGUCUAUUUAAAAAGUGUGUUUUUGACCUGAUCCAAGCAGUAACACAAGUGGGCCAACGCAUAAAAAGGUGUUUUCUGAUAACGUCCGACACAACCAUCGAGCAAGAAAGUUGCAAGACAUACUCUAUUUCAUUACAAAACGCUUUCCACGAUGGAGAUACGAUGGGUGUACAAUGUGCCCCUGGUGUUGCUUCUAAUUCUCGUCACCAUUCCCAUCAUUCAGGCAUCAUCAUCGAAAGAACAACAGCUUCACGAUAAGUUUGCAAACAGUCCCAAAGCAUUGCCCAGCAAACGGGACCCUUUGGCCGGGGUAGAAAGCGACACGCAUCCCGAUUCCGGUCACUUUCGAUUGGUAGACGACGAGCUAAUUGCUGCGCGUGCGGCUACAGAGUCGUCGCCUUCGUCCACGCACAACACACCCAAGAAGCGCCCACUGGGCAAGGAAAGCAAAAAGUACCGGAAAAAGUACGUGUCCGAAGAUGAUUAUCGAAAAUCGAUGCCACACGCCGACCAACAGUCGGCGACCGCCGGCUCUGCCCCGUUCAUCUCUACCGGUGAUACCGUGGAAAGGCAAACGAGUGGAACGUCCAAAUCCAGCGAACCGCACAGCAGAAAGAAGCGCCUGAUCUGGGUUACGGACGAUGGUCGGUUAGCGCUGCCUCCCGGUACGUCACUAACGAUCGCGCCGACAAUCGCACUACCGUUUGUGCGUUAUCCACCGACCGGCUUUCUGUCCAACAUCUCGAUCAGUUUGCCCAUAACGAUUGACUUCGAUAAGCUGGGCCUGACGGAUAACCAGAAUCCGCUCGGUGUGUUGCCACCGCUGUUUGCUAGAUCGAUGGGUCAGGCAGCCGGAUCAGUGCUGGCAGACUAUGUAUCAGACUACAUGAGAUUGCAGCGACGGAAGCGUAGCGUCCCCAGUUCUUCGAAUGAUCACUUCAAGAUCACCACCAACCGGUUAGAUGAUGAGGAUGGCGAUCAGUCAAUGCCACAGCUUCCGGCAGAACAUAAGCAUGCAUUCCAUGGUGGAGAACGAGCGCUCCUGUACGUGGUGGUGGAAGAUUUCAUUGCAAACUUUGGACUGGAUGGGAGAGCAUGUAUGCUUCGUGCCAUAUGUGAGGUCCAUUCGAAAUCAAUCGAAAAGUUUGGCCUGAUCGGAGAGAUGCUGAAACUAUUCUUCACAGCAUCAUUGUCGCCAUAUUCCGAGCAUUUAGACGAGUACGUCACGGCGGAAAAGAUUGGACGAGGUCAGGAUGGACCUGGAGAAUGUUUUCCCUACUACAAGGACUGUCCGCGAAGUUUGUUCCGUUCGUCAAACAUGUACCAGCAACCGGAGCAACGACACCGAACAUCUGACUUGGAUCGUGAUCUAGACGAUGAGGAACACUUCGAUAACGAGGUCCCGAGCGAUCCAAGGGAGGAAACGGAAUAUCCGGUACGUGAACCACGUGUCGCCAGUUCGCGAAGCAGCAACACCAAAGAAAACACGAUCGUACAGCUGGAGCAGCGCGAUCUGGCAGAGAUGGCAAUGUAGUGAACUAAACAAGAGCCACCACAAACUGUGGGGCACUAUAUCUCGGGGGAUUGUAGUAUCCGGUGCUACAAAACGGUUGAUGGGUAUUAAGGAGUAGAGAGGUACGAAAGAUUGAGAGUUACUGCUGUAAAUCUUAGUGUAAUAGAGUGCGGAGAUCUGGGAUGAUCCGUCGUUAAGAUAGAAUAGUAAUUUAUUCCUAUUUGUUAGUCCCAAACGUUGCUGUGGGUGCACGUUGUUAAAAUGUAUGAUUUGUUUUCCAGGUGUGCGGUCACAGAGUGGCCAAAUGUGAACGGUCUUACGUGAAAUAGACAUUGUUGUUUUUAUUAUUUAUUGUAACGUUUUGCAGCAACAGGUGCCCAUAAUUUUGUAUUAGUCGCUAUCAGGCAGGGAACGACGAAGAUAAAUAAAGUGAGCCGAAUUGUGUAAAUAGGAGCAAAACGUGCAUUGUUGUAUUGAAUAAAACAAUUUACCUCUUUAGAGCAAAACGCAUUUUGUUUGGGUCUUUGUAUCUGAAGUAGCGCU